CCUCGCUGCACUGCAUUGACGCUCGCUGUCAAUGCUCGGCAGGCGAUAGAUCACUUGACUCUUGGGAGCGAUACCUGCCCCGAGAAAUCUGCUGAAGUAUUAAAGCCAUUCCGUCCCCACUCACUCGCACAGCAGAUCAUAUACCACUCACCACACGCCAAGAUGGCUUCCACAAGCAGAACAUUAACCAGAGCUCUUCGCUCACCACCCCCGACCCAAGCGUUUCGAUCCUCUGCCUCGAAGCGCAGCGCCCAGCUUUUCCAGCAACAAGCCCGACGUGGCUACUCGAGCGAGGCCCCGAAGGCUGCGAGCAAUUGGUACAUCUGGGGAGCAGGAGGAGUAGCAUUGGGAGUUGGAGGAUACUUUGCCGUCCGUGGUACCAAGCAGAGCUCAGAUGCCAAGUCGGAGACUGUCUUCACACCUACAAAAGAUGACUACCAGAAAGUCUACGAUGCGAUAGCGGCAAAGAUCAUUGAGGAGGAUGACUAUGACGAUGGCUCAUACGGUCCUGUCCUCCUCCGACUAGGCUGGCACGCAAGUGGCACCUACGACGCAGCGACUGGUACAGGAGGCUCCAACGGCGCCACAAUGCGUUUCGCACCCGAACGAGACCACGGAGCCAACGCUGGUCUCACUGUGGCCCAGAAGUUCCUCGAGCCCAUCAAGCAGCAAUUCCCCUGGAUCACCUACUCCGAUCUCUGGACCCUUGCCGCAGCCUGUGCUAUUCAAGAAAUGGGAGGUCCUGACAUCCCAUGGCGUCCAGGCCGCGCCGACCGCGAUGUAUCCUUCUGCACACCCGAUGGUCGCCUUCCCGACGCCUCCAAAGAACACAACCACCUCCGCGCCAUCUUCGGCCGCAUGGGCUUCAAUGACCAAGAAAUCGUCGCUCUGUCUGGCGCUCACGCUCUCGGACGCUGCCACACUGACCGCUCUGGCUUCGACGGUCCUUGGACAUUCUCACCUACCACAUUGACGAACGACUACUUCAAGUUGCUCUUCGAUGAGAAGUGGCAGUGGAAGAAGUGGAAUGGGCCGAAGCAGUAUGAAGACAAGAAGACCAAGAGCUUGAUGAUGUUGCCUACAGAUUUGGCGAUAAUCAAGGAUAAGGAGUUCCGGAAGUACGCAGAAGUUUAUGCUAAGGAUCAGGAGGCUUUCUUUAGGGACUUCCAAAAAGUCGUGGUGAAGUUAUUUGAACUUGGAGUGCCGUUUGUCAGUGGAGAGGAUGCCAGGAUAACUUUCAAGAGGACAGAGUAAUGCGGGAAAGAAGGGUUUGUGUUUUGGCGUCUGCCGCUGGGAUGAAAUCACCAUCUGGGGAGCAAAUGACAGUGUGUGCUGGAGUGUGUACCUUCGAAUCGAUUAUGAUACCAAUACUAGCAUAGAAUAGCGCUGCUAGAGCAAUAGAAUUUCUGAAGAUUGCAACUUUGCAUCAAGC